CUGAGUUGAUCAGUUGUUAUCAGUACGCGAUCGCGAGGACUGCCUGUAUCGUUGUCAGAUGUAUCAGGAAGUAGACUGUCUCGAUGACAUCACGUCCGUGUUUGACAAAUGAUGGUCUAUGACGUUUGCCACGUGGCUCUGAUGAUGGUGGGAUUAAGGAGAAACGUUGUUUUGGUCCUGAUGUUGGGCGCCUUCUGCGUUCAAAUUUUAGGCGAAUUUGUCACAGACGCAGAUGAGAAUGUUGAGGAGGAUACAUCAAGUUCAUGUCAACCACCUCAACUUGCUCUAAACGGGAGUGAGACAGAGACAGGGGAGGAACGAAUCAGAAAAGAAUAUACCCACAUCAGAGAGGUUAAAUUUUCCGGUUCGAUUGGACCUUUGGGAGAACGUCGUCUAUGCAAAAUUAAAUGCAUUGGAGGACAAUGGGUGGGUCCUCUCUGUGUGGAUCAACAUGAGGACGGGAGGUUUCAUCCAUUAUUCAGAAACUGUAAAUUAGAAUACAUCAAUCCUCAUUUGGUGGUUACGUUCCGGAAUACUUCUAUCCACAGCGCCGGAUGGGUAUUUCCUCAUGGAGCAAAACUGCAGCUGCGAUGCCGAGAACUGGGCCUUUACAAACUUGUUGGGACAGCAUCACCACGAUGCGAAAACGGCGUUUGGUCAUCCCGACUUCCGUCUUGCGUCCCAACGACGAUGCUAACGAAUUUCACAGAUGAUUCUCCACCUACAAUUCUUAUUAGAAUUCCAUCAGGGUCAGCCUCGGUUGAGCCUGCAGGAGAACUGGCGGUAUUUCCUGGAUCAACUUUACAUCUAGAAUGCCUGUUUGCAAGACGUCUUGGAUCACCAGACUGGACUUGGACGUCACCUCUCGGACAAUAUCUCACAGGAUGGGCCAUCGCUUCCGAGGAACGGAACUUCAAGUAUAGACUAUCGAUUUAUUAUGCCAAAAUGCAGGAUUCCGGCACGUUCACUUGUGCUACACCGAGAGGGAAUACCAACAGCAUCACGCUCAAAGUAGCAGCCGUUCACUGUGAACCAAUAACGGUGAAAGGUCCUCAUCUCACAGUACGAGUUGAAGGGACCAAAUUAGGACACUCUGCCAUAUUCCAGUGUCCUAUGGGAUAUUAUGUCAGUGGAUCGUCCAAUCUAACUUGUCAAGCUUCAGGUAAAUGGUCCGCCGUCAUACCAAGAUGUGAAGCAGUGAAAUGUCCACCUUUGGAUGGACCUGGUGAGCUAGAAGAACCCCAUUUGCAUCUUGAAGAACACAAUAAUACGUAUGGAGGUAGGGCAGUUUUCGUGUGUGCUUGGGGAUACAGACUGCUUGGGCCACCAGGGAUCGAAUGCGAAUUGUCUGGCAAUUGGUCAGGACCACUACCGAAGUGCAUUCCAAUUCAGUGUCCUCCACCAUCCAUACCAGCCAAUGCUCAUCUUAUCCAAUCAGAGUCCGCCGGAAUGGACGGUGGUCGAUAUGCCGUAGGUAGUUUGGUGCAGUUCGCUUGUAGCGGUGCCCAUCAGCUCGAAGGUGAAGCCAGCAUAAUCUGUACUGAGACAGGGUUCUGGUCACAUCCCCCACCACUUUGUCGGCCGAGAUGUCCCUAUUUAGGAGAUCCUGACAACGGCGUAAUAGCACCAAUAAAAUACGCAUAUGAACCGGGUGAUGAAUUGCAGAUAACUUGCAGUCCUGGAUACGAGGCCCGACUGGAAAACAGGCCAAAAUGCCUAUCCGACGGAAAAUGGUCUACUCCGUUACCUAAUUGUACCAACUACUCUCAAAUAUAAACCUAAAUGGAAGAGACUUUAUUGUACAUAUUAAAA